CUUUGUUAACAUGAUUACUCGUAAAUGCUUUUUUUAAAUUUCACAGGAAGAUGUCAGAUCGAGGAUUCAUCGUGGUUGAAUUUUCCGAUGGUAUUCAAGUAAUACCUAAAAUUUGGCUACAAAGUAAUAAGGAAUUAUGCAAAUAUCCUUCACAUUUAAAAACGGAUCAACAAAUUCGUAAGGCAAUUGAAAAAGAGGAAAAGCCGAGUUCUUCCUGGUCUUCCUUUAAAAUUAAACGGAUUUUUGGCGAGUAUUCGUCCUUACAGAAAGCUGAUGCGGUAGCAGAAAAGGCCUUAUAUACAUCAGAUAUGGAUACUGAAAAAGAGACGAAAAAGUAUAGAAAAUAUAGAGCGAGAAAAGAUAUAUAUUCAUCCGAAAGCGAAGAAGAGGGCACAAGUGCAACUUUACCGUCUGCUCCAUGUCCUCCUGUGAAACGUAAUUAUGAAUAA